AGUUUUGCAUGGGCUAAAAUGUUGAAAAGAAAAACGAGAUAUCGUGAACCAGAAUGAGUGUUGUGUGUGAUUAUUGGCAAAAAUUACUUCUAAACUAUUAGAAAAUUGUCCAAUUCAGCAUUAAUAUUGAAAGUGACUGUAGUGCUACGCGAUAGAUGUGCAUGUAGCAAGAAACGUGUCAAAUUAGAAAGGCUACAACAAAGAAAGUGGAGGACGUGCUGCACAUUAAUACGCAACCUCUUGUGCAAGAUAGGAAGAGGGGGAUUCAGGUCAGCAAACGCUUAACAAUCACCAGCUGGAGGCCAUUACACUUUUUCGGUGGACAUUUAGAAAAUAGUACGAGACAUGAGCGAAAAUUGGGUUGGCAAAUCUGUUUCCAUCCAAUGCCGCGGGAAUAUUGGAGUGUUUCAGGGCGUUAUCAAACAGGUCAGUCCUGUUGAGAUUGUGAUAACAAAGGCAGUGCGAAAUGGAAUCCCACUGAAGAAAACGAGUGUCGAAGUGACACUCACCUGUAAGGAUAUUGAGAAACUGAACCUAAUCUCCAGCACAAAUUUGCCGAAUUUAUUCCCGGCUAAGGUUCAGCAGAACAAUCAGUUGGAGGAUUCUGUAUUAACUGAAAUAGAUAACUUAAAGUUAACAAAUCCAAAUGGACAGCAGACAGUCCGAAUCAAAACGCCCCCAAGUGAGGGAAGAUCGUUCAAUGGAAAGUUGACCGCCAAAUCGCCUGGUCCUAGCAGAUAUGCUACUAACGGGCAACAGAAAAACGGAUAUGAGAAUGGAUCUGCAAAAAGUACAAGCCGUCCAAUUGACAUUAACGGCGGUGGCUCACAGAAAGUCAAUUCCAUUACUCCGCACAAAAACGAGAAUCAGAAAAAGAAGUCGCGCAGCGGAAAUGGCAAUGGGAACAAUGGCAGCUAUCGCUUCACCAAUAAGAACUCUGCGUUUGGGACGCCUGUUGACGAUCCGAUGAUGGACCAAGAUUUUGAUUUUGAGAAAAACCUUGCACUAUUUAAUAAGCAAGCAAUUUUUGAUGAAAUUGAUGCCAUCCAGCAAAGGCCGGAUUUGUUACGACAGACGGUGGCGUCUGGGAAGAAAAAAUACCGUCAUGAUGAGAAUGUGUUGGCUUCGGAACCAAUCCAGUAUCGCCAAAUCGAGGUGGAAAACUCUGGCGCAACAGGUUCCGACAGCGACGAAUACGUAACAGACGAAGGACUUGUGAUACCAUCGAUACCUCGCAACACACGAAACCUGGUACAACAGUUGGCGGAAAAUCAUGGCCUAACAACAGAACGUCAGAAUGAUCUCCUAGCCCGCGGGGCCACCGAGCUUGCUCUUCAGCUGCUCGGAGGCUCACGCCGGCUGACUCCUAAUAAUCAGCACCAGUGGCCAAAGAUUGUGGUGGUCUGUGAUGAACCGUACAAUGCAAGACUAAGCGAAAUCGGAAUUGCUACCGGACGGAUGCUGGCCUGCCAUGGUCUGAAGGUGUUUGUAUACGUUUCCUGUGCGACCAAGUCAACACGGACCAGUCACGAGCUGGAGCUAUUCGCAGCCACAGGAAAUCUUUUUACCUUUAAUAUCAAUACGCUUCCAUCAUCGGAUCUUGUGAUUGCAGCGAUUAAAUCGCGCAACCUUGGUGAUCCACUUCGCAACUGGCUGGCCGAAAGCCGUGCCCCUGUGCUGGCGAUUGAUCCGCCUGUCGGGGGACUCGAAGCCACUCCAGUCAAAUGCUCAAUUCUGCCUGUCUUGCCACUAAACGGGUUGGGACCGGAAACGAGCACCGGUCGGCUCUACCUGUGCAACCUGGGCAUCCCGGACAAAUUUUUCGCCGAUUCGGGCAUCAAGUACAAAUCUCCCUUCGACAAAGCCGUCAUUCCGAUUCAUCGACGAAAGGAUUAAUCAUCAUAUCACGACAAACCGCUGCCAGCAUUUCCAAUCAUAUUCAAACAGAACGGAGAUGCCAAAUCAAAGGAUUUGCGGCAAAUGGGAAGGAUCGAACGGUGUGGAGAAACCAGUGGAUAUUGGAACAAUUGCAUUUUUUUCGUAUCUUGUCUAGCGGUGGGGAAUCCGGGAAACCAACGGAUAUUUUAUGAGUUCGUAUUUUAUGUUCACGGACAAGAUACCAGCGGGAAGGUAAAGACAACGAAAGUAACCGUCAAGUUGUAAGGGAAAGAGCAAGAUAAAAUCCGUUUCCUGGGGUGUUUAUAAGUGAUUGCAAUGUUGCUGAGAACUGAAGAGUACAAAAAGAAAAGCAAUAUUCUCAAGAUAAUGGUAUAAAUACUCCUGGAAACAA